AAACACACUAAUAAAUAAUCUGCUUUCUAAUAACACACACAGCCGCAAGAGCGAUAAUUAAGUUAGCCACAAAACAAGCAACUACAAGCCUUUAUCACACGUACCGCGGAACCCUAUCACACACUUACAUGCCCGUAUAACAUAGUGACAUGCUGCACCACCAAUAUGUAUAGAAUUACGCCUAAACCAGUCAGUUUGGCUGUUUUCCUUGCGUGCUCGAGAAGCCCAGCGCCAGCUACUACAACAAAGCAAGAGGAGAGCUUCCCACGCUGUCGUUCCACAUCAUUGUGAUUGGCUAGACGCUCUGAUUGGAUUUGGAGAAUCUCCUAUUGCAUCCUGUUCAAGAGAUGCACUUCAGGAAGUCUUUCAGACUCGAUCAUCGCCAGACAAAGCACAAAAUGAGCCCAAGACAUUGUUCAACCAUCUGGAGUUCAAACAGGCAGUCGACUACUGGUGUCUGUGCCACUGUGGCAAUGAUCAUCUGUAAGUCAUCAUGCUAUUGGUUUAGAUCUCGUUUUCUUGCGCCAUCCUUACUGUAUGGCUAGACUCUGUGUCUGUCAAUAGUCUUGUACUGUAGUGAUGGUAGUGAGAUUGACUGUAGUGCAGCUGGUCGGAUCCAGUUUGUUGAUCAAUUCCAAGUAGGACAGUUUGUAGGUUGCUAUGUAAUGACUCAUCAGACAGAGAAACCCGCAGACAUUCACCGGUUUAGUCUGUUGUCCGAUUUCAGUUUAUACAAAUAUAUUGACCUCCUUGAACUUGUCGUUGUUUCUUGUUUUCAUCCUGGAUGUCACUCUCUCUCUCUGUUGUUUCUUUCAGUGUGUGGCUUCCAGAGAGUUCAUUGCCAGUGUGAGGAGUAUGAGGGUACUGUUUGUUCUUCGUACGUCCAAGGAUUUAAGAUAUUUAGAAACUCUGCUGCAGGCGACCAGGAUGCUAUUGAAACAGCCAUCAAAAAGUUUGUUGUGUCACUGAAUGCUGGAAGUUCCUCUGACACAUGCAGAGAGUUUGUUGUUGAAAUGUUAUGUCACCACGCGUUCCCUUUUUGUUAUCCAAACGAUAUCAACAGCACAGGACCUCAACCUGUUUGUCUUCAAGACUGUCUCAUUGCAAAGAAUGAGCUCUGUGCUUCUUACUGGUCAGACAUUGUCACUAGCAGUAAAGAUUACUUCCAGCUGUAUGUUGAUAAUCGGACAGAAGCUGUAUCAGAUACGACAGCACUCAUUCAAUGUUAUGGUUUCGAGUCAGAGGAUGGUGGACAAGAGCCGGAAUGUUUCACAACGGUCUGGAAAAGCCAAGCUUCUUACUCUGACAACAACAUGGCUGAUAGCUGUAUUGUUGGAGUAGGACAGAGGUACAUUGGGGAUGUUUCGGUAACUGCUUCUGGCAGGUCAUGUCAGCCAUGGUAUUCACAGUGGCCACAUGCUUAUCCUUUUCUCGUUUCCUCAAAUUCGGAGCUUCAUCUUGCUAGUAACAGUUGCAGGAAUCCUGGAGGUCGAGCAGACAGGCCUUGGUGUUACACGAUGGAUCCUGCCGUGAGAUGGGAGACAUGUGAUAUACCUAGAUGUGACUCCAAUACUGAAUGUCAGACAAGUAUAUCCCAAGGUCUAGGAAUAUGUGACAAAUUCGGUGUUGUGUCGCAUGCAACACUGUUCAUUAACACAAGCCUCGGUGUGUCACAGGAGAAACUGGCCUCCUCCUUGUUGUCAACGUCUAGCGUGCUCGAUCAAUUUACACUAACAUGGCAGUGCCAGGCAGCUAUUCAUCCUUUCUUGUGCCACAUAGCAUUCCCAUUGUGUGAUUGGUCGACACCAGAACCAAGGCCCAGACCGAUAUGCAGGGAAUAUUGCAAUUAUGUUAGAGACCAGGAAUGUUAUGAUGUCUGGAAUGAGUUAGUCAAAGAAAUUUUGCUAAGUGAAUCUGUGUGGCCAUUACAGCUACCGACUUGUGAAGAUCUACCAAGUCAGUAUGACACCGAUUCACCUGAUUGUAUUGUCCGACCAUACAAUAGCCUCUUAGAGACGACGGUAUUCAAUACAGAUUGCUUUACAAGUAGUGCUGCUGAUUACACUGGCAGUGUGUCUGUUACUGAGAGUGGAAGAACAUGUCAGUCGUGGUUAUCUCGAUAUCCUCACAACCACACAGAUGAUUUAUCAACAUUGCCCCUCGAAGCUCGUGGCAAUCACAAUUACUGCCGAAACCCAGAAGGUCGCAGACACAAACCUUGGUGCUAUACUACUGAUCCUGAAGUUCGAUGGGAGUAUUGUAACAUUCCUAAAUGCUCUGCCGAAAAUGCUAAGGUAAUCGUUGCGUCAGUGGUUGGUGGAACUCUGUUCCUUCUGAUGGGGAUAGUUAUCGUGGUAUCAUGCAUUUUCACACAUAAACGAGCGGAGGGAAAGUGCUGUGUAGUGGGGAGUCGACAAGCACUAACAGAGAAUGAUUUUCUUGGACAGGUUCUUCGCACAGACCAAGAGGCAAACAAUGAAAUGACAACAGUUGGAUCAGAAGAGGACAGAGGUGGCUCUCGAGCGACUAGUGAUUGUACAAAUGAACACAUCCAGCACAGACAACAUAACCCUUCAGAAGAAUCACAUAACUCUAUAAUCAAAGUGGUGGUAGAAGUCGAGAUGCACAGAAAUGGUUCAACUGUACAUACUGGCAAUUGA